AUUUAUAAUAUGAGGUUGGACACAUCUGUAAUCAUAUAAUUAUAUUUACUUUAGUAUCUAGCUUAUUUGACUAAGGAUGAAUUAAGAGUACUUGUAGCUGUGGAAAUGGGCAUGAAGAAUCAUGAAUAUGUACCUGUUUCAUUGAUUGAAAAAAUAUCAAAAGUUAAAAGAGCCAAUGCUUAUUAAAUUUUACAAUAACUAUUGAAACACAAACUUGUUUAACAUGUGGCUAAAAAAUGUAUAAUUCUACAAUUAAUUAAUUCUAGAUGAUGGUUAUAGACUCACAUAUUUGGGUUAUGAUUUCUUAGCCUUAAGUGCUUUCUACAAAAGAGGUACCAUAGUUUAAGUUCUUUCUAAAGUUGGAGUUGGAAAAGAAUCUGAUAUUUAUAAAUGUAUCAAUUCAGAUGGUAAUUUUGUCAUCCUUAAAUUGGCUCGAUUGGGUAGAACAUCUUUUAGAACUAUUAAAAAUAAGAGAGAUUAUAUUAAAAAUAGAACAUAAUAUAAUUGGCUAUAUCUUAGUAGAUUAGCUAGUAUUAAAGAAUAUGCAUAUAUGGAAACUUGUUAUAAGAAUGGAUUUCCAACACCAAAACCAUAUGAUUGGAAUAGACAUGCUAUUGUAAUGUCUUUUAUUGAUGGAUAUACUUUAUGUAGUAUUUAAGAACUUGGUGAUGUAGAUGGAGUAUUUAUCUAAUGUAUUAACUUAAUUGAAAAGUUUGCAAGUCAUGGACUUAUUCAUUCAGACUUUAAUGAAUUCAAUCUUAUGAUAACAGAAUAAUAAAAAAUUCUAGUCAUUGAUUUUCCUUAAAUGGUAUCAACUUAACAUUUGAAUGCAGAAUUCUAUUUCUAAAGAGAUUUAGAUUGUAUUAACAUCUUUUUUUAAAGAAGAUUUAAAGCAAAUUUGCAUUCAGAUUUGAAAUUAAAAGAUAUUAAAGUUAUUAAACAUCUUGAUCAUGAAGUCAAAGCAUCAGGUUUUAUUAAAUCAGAACUUAAUGAUAAUAAAGAAUUAGAAAUUUUAGAAGCAGCAUUAUAAGAAUAAUAAUAAUUUUAAGAAGAAAAUGAAAAUGAAAAAUUCUAAUAAGAUGAUGAUGAUGAAGAUAAUAUUGGUUAAGAUGAUGAUGAUGAAGAUAAUUAAGAUGAAGAAGGUGAAUAAGAUGAUAAUGAUGAAGAUAAAUAAGAUAAUUAAGAUGAUGAAGAAGAUGAAGAUGAUGAAGAUGAAGAAGAUGAUGAAAAUGAAGAAGAUGAAGAAAAUUUAAAUAAUCAAGAAGAUGAUUAAAAACAAUAAGAAGAAAAUAAUAAUCAAGAAAAUAAAGAAUAAUAAUUAUAAGAUACUUAAAUUCCUAAAAAUAUAACUAAAAUCACAGAAUUAGACCAAAAGAAUAUUAAAAAAUUUGUUUAAAAGAAAUUUCGUAAAAAGAUGGUUAUUAAAAAGAAUAUCAAUAAAACUAAAGGAAUUGAGGAUAAUAAAACAUUAACUGAAUAAGCACUCCAUUAUUUAUGA